AUUAUAGGUGCAACCCAAAGAGCUUGACACAUGGCGCAAUCUCUAGCAAUGUCAGGAAAGCGCAGUCCCUUGAGCGAGACUCGCUCUCUAAAAAUUGCUGUUUAGAAAAUCCACCGCCAGAAACCUUUAUUUGGACAUCAAUACCUUCAAAUUCAUCAUCAACAAUGGAUGAGCACAUGAAAGCCUGGCUCUUCACGACCACCACGGGUGGUAUGGAGAAGAAUCUCUAUUUCACUGAAACCGCAACUCCUCCAAGCAAGGAAGGUCUUUCGAAGGAUGAAGUCAUUGUCGAAGUCAUUUCUGCGGCGUUGAAUCCCGUCGACUACAAGCUCGCCGAGAUCUUUCCUACGAGCCUCCUGAUCCGCACCCCGGCAUCCCCAGGCGUCGAUUUCUGCGGUAAGAUCGUGGCGAUCCCGACGGCCAACGAUACCCACCGUAUGGGACAAGUCGUCUUCGGACGAUUUAAGAACAACAGGCAAUAUGGAACCCUGGGACAGUAUGUUGUUGCUGAUGUGGACGGCAUCGCAACCUUGCCAGACGGGGUGGAUCCGGACGAUGCUGCGACAGUGGGAACUGCAGGUCUCACGGCAUACCAAACCAUCGUACCUCAUGCGAGGGAAACGCAAGGUGCCAGAGUGUUCUUGAAUGGAGGUAGUGGAGGUUGCGGAACCUGGGGUAUCCAAAUCGCAAAGGCUAUCGGAGCGCAUGUGACGACUUCCUGCUCGACCGCAAACAUCGAAUUUUGCAAAGAGCUGGGGGCUGACGAGGUCUUGGACUACACGAAGGGUAGCAUCAUCCAAAUUCUCAAGGAGAAAGGGGAAGUCUUUGAUGUUGUCGUCGACAAUGUUGGGACGCCCGAAAAUCUGUACGAGGAGUGCCACCAUUUCUUGAAGCCAGAUGGGCAUUUCUUUCAAGUUGGUGUCAGUUCUAUAUUUUCCUUUGGUCUGUCCAUAGCGGGGAGAUUGUUGAGGCCAUCUUUUCUUGGAGGCGGGAAGAGGCCCUAUCACCCUUACCUUACCCAAUGCAAUCCCGAACAUCUGGCCGAGAUCGGGAGAUGGAUCACGGAAGGCAAAGUAAAGCCUGUCAUUCAUCAGACAUUCGAGUGGGAGGAUACCCCCAAAGCAUAUGAAAGACUCAAGACCCAGCGAACGAAGGGUAAGAUUGUCGUUCAUGUCACGAGAAACUUACGCGCGUAACGAGUGUUUUUGGAGUUCAUAUUGUUCACAGCGUUUCAAUUUAUGCGGCUAUCGCUCGUACGUCGAUGUCACGGCUCUCUGUCGUCUUAGAGGCUUUGGGGAAAGGUCAAACAAGGGAGAUACUCCGUCGAUGAACUGCUCAGAUCAAGUCAGCAACCCAAAGUUACCUUGGAAGAAGUCGAUUCAUUCUUGAUUCCUUACACAUCAAUGCCGCACUACCAGAUUCCAACUCAUGUACUUGAUCUUUUUCUGUUUAACGAGCACUAUCUCUCCUCAAUCAGCCUGGCCGUUGCCUGUCCACUUGACAUAGGGUCUAGCUCGCCAUAAUAGAUCCCUUGUGCAAACAAAUGUAGUUGUUAAUGCGAGCAGCGCUU